AUGACAUUACCAAAUGGAAAGCGUUUAAUUGACUCCAAGCUGAGUCAGUUUAACUUCAACUUUCAAACGGAAUUGCAUCCAAGUUUUAGCCAACGAAUAAUGAAAGCAAUAAAAAUUCCAGUAGUACUUUUACUAUGCCUAUUAUUAACAGAGGCUACUGAUCCGGAGCCGCAGCUGGAAUUUUUGGACAAACUCUUUAAGAUAAUGAAUGAUCAGGACACAAUUGAGACAAUCAUAAUUCUCCAACACCGUCAGGAUCUAAACUGCCCUCUUCAACGCUGGAACUCACGAGAAAUACCCGUUCUGCGAUCAAACGAGCUGUCCUCCUUCGAGGUCAGGAGAAUCAUGAAAAAACAGCUUCUGGUCAUGGUCUGCAUUGAUGGCGAUUCGGAUCACAUACUCCUCAAUGCCUUGGCCAAAAUCCUGGAAAACCUUCGACAGCAAAAUGAUUCUUUUGCUCAGACGGAAUUUGUCAGUCCCUCCUCCAUAUCCUCGCUGUUGGUUGUGGUGCCUUGUUUAUAUGGCACCUUCGUGCUGGUGGAGAGCCUUGUUCUCGUGGUGACCCAUCGAAUGUAUGGCGAGUCAUAUCGCCUGACCAACUUGAAUCCGCUGUUAAAUCUACGAGCCUUUCGGGCCAUUUUGGGCCUUCCAUUUCCGGACUGCAAGCUGACUGCCAUGCUCACAAAGCCACUGCCCCUUGCAGAGGUGCGAAAUUUCGAGGAGCUUAGGGCCAGCGGAUUGACAACUAUUACGGAUGAGUAUAUUCAUUCCUUUAUUGAGAACAACAUUGAUUCGCAGUUCUUCAAUCAAUUUCUAAGCUCCACCGGAAAAAUGAAUCAUUGCACGUCAAAAGAUUUGAUUAUAGCUCGAAAUCUGCCGCGAAUGUAUGUUUUGGAGAGCAAUUCCAUCUUUAAAUGGAUGCUGAGUAGAUUUGUGAUGUACGCUCAGGAGGCGGGCAUUACCGAGCAUUGGAAUAGGUUCUGUUUUCAAUUUCUGAUUAAAGCCUUUAACUUAACUGUUCAACAAAAUGUAGGCACUCGAUAUGUUCCGUUAUCCUUGCAGCAGUUCAACUGGCUGUGGCAUCUGCUUGCAAUUGGAUAUGGUAUUGCCACAGUGGCUUUUCUUGUGGAGAUCUAUUUAAACAAGAGACGAGGUGUUGGGCAACAGAAGCACCCGGUGUGA